CCCGGGGCGGGCCGGGCCGAGCCGAGCCAGGGCGCUCGCUCGGGCCUUGCGUGCUCAGGCCUGGCCGCGCCGGGAGAAGGGCCCAUGGAGGCGGGGAGCGGCAGCGGAGCGGCGGCGGGGGGCGGCAUCGCCCUGCACGACUUCAGCGGGCAGCUGGGAGAGCAGCGGGUGCACUUCCACGCCAUGCGGCUGCGGGACUCGCUCUUCCUCUGGGUGGGCGCCGCGCCCGCCCUCGCCAGCCUGGCCGUGGCCAUGUGCAGCCCCCGUGACAGCAUCCCGGUGGCCGCCUCGCUCCUCGGGGACCCUUCCGACACCGCCUCCUCCUGCCUGGCGCAGCGCUUGGCCAGCAAGACCAAAAAACAGAUAUUUGUCAGCUACAAUCUUCAAAACACAGACAGCAAUUUCACCUUACUCAUAGAAAACAGGAUCAAAGAAGAAAUGACAGCUUUUCCAGAGAAGUUCUGACUUUGCAUCAUUGUAAAAUAAGAUGAAUUGUUUCAGAAAAACUGAUGGAAAUUUUCACACUGACAUUAAAUUAGUAUAUUUGUUUUGUAUUAUUUUGAUUGCAUUUGUGGUUGUUAUUAAAUAUAGAUGGACAUAGAUACAACUGGACCUGGAAUUUAUUUUUUUGCAAAUAAAAUUUGAAUUUGAAAUUUCAAA